UAAUUCUCAUCAUUUUCUCGGCCAAGAUUAAUGGAUCAAGCUGUGUUGAUUGAAAUUGGGAGCAUCGAUUCUCAAAGGUUUUCCAGUCAUGAUGAUCAAAAGCCACAAAAAACUCAUCUUUCCUCACGUCUUAUGGAGUCCUUAACCGCUCUCUGCGAAGCCUUCCUCCCUUCCAUCGAUGUUUCAGAUAAACUAAACCUCGACGACUCAACCGUUGCAUUCUUCAAAACCUCCGCUCUAAUGACCGGGACCCCUCUUCUUGUGGCGGAGCUCAUAGAACGACGAGUGAAUCACCCGAAGAAGUACUUAAUGUUAUUGACCUUAUGGCUUCUAUCAACAUGGAUAGGCACUUUCUUGCUAUGUGGAAGGCUUAGUUUAUCGACUAAAUAUCCUUACUUUUUGAGGCUAUCGCAAAUUUCUCAAAGAAAGAGGGAAAAGAUAUUACAAAAUUGGGCUAACAACUUCAUUCCCCAGCUUAGGAUGUUCUUUACAAGCGUGAAGUUUCUCAUACUCCUCACUUACUUCACCCAGGUGAAUGAGAAGAAUGAAAACCAAUCUUGGAAAGCAAUAGGCUAUUGUGGGCCUGAUCCAGAACAAAAAUCAAAAUUUCAAAAGUCCAAAGAAUCAGCUCCUCCAUUACCAAAUCUCAUACAAAAUCAAGAUGAACAACAAGAGCAUGAUGAACCUAUCAACAAAGAAGACCUCUUUGGACCCCUUUACAAAGGCAUCAUAAAUCUUAAACAACCCCACCAAAUAGUAGCCGAAGCCCUCCGUCAUUCCAAAUUCCCCAUAUCCUUCCCAACUCCCCCAAACCAACCAAAUUCCCCAACUUUCACCAUCAAAUGCGACGCAGUUGUAGUUGGUUCAGGAUCAGGUGGCGGCGUAAUCGCUGGAAUAUUAGCCAAUGCUGGUUACAAAGUGGUUGUCCUUGAAAAGGGUAAGUAUUUUGCAAGACAAAGUCUUUCCCUCCUUGAAGGAAACACUAUGGAUCAAAUGUACCAAGGAAAUGGCUUACUUUCAACAGAUAACAUGAGCCUUCUCGUUCUUGCUGGUUCAACAGUUGGUGGUGGAUCAACCAUUAAUUGGUCAGCCUCCAUUCCAACUCCUCAACAUGUUAUCAAAGAAUGGAGUGAAAACUAUGGCCUUGAACUUUUCGAUAGUAAACUCUACAAAGAAGCUGUUCAAACUGUUUGCGACAAAAUGGGAGUUCAAUCUAGUGUUGACAAUGAAGGGUUCAAUAAUGAAGUUUUAAGAAAAGGAUGUCAAGAAUUAGGUUACCCGGUUAAAAACAUCCCUCGAAAUUCGACCUCUGAUCAUUACUGCGGCUGGUGUUGCCUCGGCUGUAAAGAUGGAAAAAAGAAAGGUACAUCGGAAACUUGGCUUGUCGAUUUAGUAAAGUCAGGAAACGGCGUAAUUCUUCCAAGAUCCGAAGCUAUAAAAGUUAUACAAAAGAGAGACAAGGGAUUGAAAAGAGGAAAGGCUUGUGGUGUUGUGUUUGAGUUUAAGUACAAUGGAGUAAAAGAAAUAUAUAAUGUGGAAUCAAAAGUGACAAUUAUAGCUGGUGGAGCUCUUAAUACACCUUAUUUACUCAAAAGGAGUGGUUUGAAAAACCCUAAUAUUGGAAAAAACCUUCAUUUACAUCCAGUUUCUAUGGCGUGGGGUUACUUUCCUAACACAUGGCCCGAACCGGGUAAGAGGAGCUAUGAGGGUGGAAUAAUGACUGCAAUGUCAACUGUAGCCGCCGACUUUGAUAAGUCGGGAUAUGGAAGUUUGAUUCAAACACCGGCUCUCCAUCCAGGUAUGUUCUCGGUUCUUAUGCCAUGGAUAUCCGGAGCCGACUUCAAGACGCGAAUGCUAAGGUUUUCGAGAACAGCCCAUGUUUUUGCUCUCGCUAGGGACACGAGUUCAGGGACAAUAUCAUCUCCGAGCUCUAUAACUUAUUCGUUGGAAAGUUCCGAUGAAGAGAGGCUUCAGAAAGGAUUGGAGAAGGUUUUGAGGAUAUUGGCUGCAGCCGGGGCAGAGGAGAUUGGGACUCACGAUAAAAUCGGAAGAGUUUUGAACGUGAAGACUUCGAGCUCUCACGAGUUUGAGAGGUUCGUGAAGGAGGAGAGUAUGGAGGCAGUGAAGGGUCGGUCUUCACCCAUAUGUUCGGCUCAUCAGAUGGGGAGUUGUCGUAUGGGGUUGGACCCGAUUAACUCGGUUGUGAGUCAGACGGGGGAGACUUGGGAGGUGGAAGGGUUGUAUGUAGGGGAUACAAGUGUUUUUCCAACUGCAUUAGGUAUGAAUCCUAUGGUUACUGUCCAAGCCAUUGCUUAUUGCACUGCUCAGUCUGUUCUUGGGUUCUUGAAGAGGAAGAAAAGCACAUGAUGUGAAACACUAUUUAUGUGCCUAUUUGUUCUUAUAAUGUGUGCUUGAAUUUUAAUUGUUUUUCUUUAAGGUGUUGACGUUAUUAUUAUUGCACUACAUAAGAUUAUCACUACUACUUAUCUACCUAUUUGUUAAUAUGAUGCAUUGGAUUGGUAAUAUGUAUGAGAUGAAUUUGUAUUUUCAAAUUUCAAUAUGUUUAAAAAUAUCUAAAAUAGCUUCUUUAA